CACACAUCUCUUCUCGACUUCUCUCUCGUCCCACCCCCCUAGCGCUCCUUUUCUUUCUCUUCCUACUUUCUUCCUCUCUAUAGAUUUUUCUCUCUCUCUCUCUCCACGCACGGCGAUAGAAAAAGGAAAAAAAGAAAACUGGAAAAGUAAGCUUGCAUCUACUGCUUUAAUCUGCAACCCAACAGCACCUACGCACCCCAUCGACAAUCCUUUUUACGAGAAACAACAACACCAACCACAAAAACCCUUUCAAACGAUGCGUUCCACCUUCUUCUGCCUUGCUGCCCUUGCUCAGCUUGCUCUCAGCUCGCUUGCUGAUGCCGAACCCUACAAAAUCCCUCUUUACCGUCGCUCCAGCAACGGCGUCGUCACUGCUGCUGCUGAACAGCUCGACAAUGGCGUUCUCGCCGGCAAAGUCUAUAUCGGCAACCCUCCUCAAGAGUUUACCAUGGCUUUUGAUACCACCACCGGCUUCUCGUGGGUCCGUGGCUCGCGAUGCAAGAGCGAAAACUGUCUCGACCGCUGUACUUACUAUGCUCGUCGCUCAGAGACUGCAGUUUCCACUGGCGAAAAGUUUGCCGUCGAUUACGGAGAUGCAUGCGUCGACACCAAACUCUACGUUGAUACUGUCGAAUUCUCUGGUCUUUCGGUAGAGAUGCCCUUUGGCGGUGCCUACCGUAUGAGCGGUUUCGAUGAUUUCUUUGAUGGCUACCUUGGUCUUGGACGCUCUGUCGACUUCAACAUGACCGGAAAGCUCCAUGCUACAUCUGGAAGCUUGAUGCGUCGUGCUGAUCUGCCUUCAUCUGCUUUUGUCCAGAACGCUUAUCAACAGGACACUGGUGUGGAAAGUGCUCAGUUUGGUAUGGUCACUAUGAGUACCAACAGCGGCGGCUUCAGCCAGUCGGGCUCUUCUACAACUGAUUCUUCGACUACUACCACCACCACCACCACCACCACUACCACACCCGAUAACGCAAACACCAAUACCAACACAAACACCGGUUCCACGACCAACUCGACCGUUCCUGCCGCUUCCAGCUCUGCUGUGGCUCCCGCAGCUUCUGGUAGCACCAGCACUACGACUACACCUACCACCCCCGAUCCCAACACCAGCACUGGCAAUGGCCAAACCAACACUGACACUGGCCCAGUCACUUCUGGCGGCUUUGGCUUCUUCAAGCGUACCUACGAGGAGCCUGCUGGUUAUUUGGUUCUCGGUGGUGUCGACAAGAGCCUUCUCGAAGGCGAGAUGGAAUAUAUUCCUUUGGCCGAUACUGAAGACGGCUCUGCCAAGAAUUGGGACGUCUGCAUCAAGGAUGCCAACUUUAACAAUGCCUUGAACAUCAAGCAGAAGCCCAAUGCUAUUGCUGCCAUUAGCACAUCGUCUUCAUUCAUUCAGAUGCCUGCCGAUCAAGCUGAUAUUUUCCAGGAGGUCUUUGGCUUGAAGUACUAUCAGACGACCAAGACCUAUGGUAUCAAGUGCUCCGAAGCCAAGAACUUGCCCCCAUUGAAGUUGACCAUUGAAGACCAUAUUGUCGAAUUACCCGCCGAAUACUGGAUUCGCGAGGUCGAUGCCGAUCGUGAUUGCUGUGCUACUCGUAUCCGCCGCGGUGAAUCAGAGCGCGACUGGAUUCUCGGCACCCCCUUCACCAAUGCCUUCUACACCUCGUUCGACCCCGAUGCUGAAGCCAUUGGCUUGGGCAUCAAGAAGGGCAACCAGGACAAGAACCUUCGCAUCUACCGGAAAACUCACCACGGCAACUAGUUUGUAACAUUUCGUCCUCUUCUUUUUUCCUCUUUUUCUCGUGUUCUCGCUGAAUAUAUUCUAAUGUCUACGACCGCAUCGUUCCUUCCCCUCUUCUCUCUCUCCCUCCCCCUUUUUCUUCUUUUAUUAUUUUGUUCAUCUAAACAAAAGAGAAACAAGAAACAACAUCCAUCAAUAAAAUAUCCCAAAAGAAAAGAAAAAACCAGCCACUGUUCACUACGUCUUUAACCUCUAUCAACAUCCUCCUCUAUCUACCAUCCUUUUUUCUUAUGUAACAACAUUUUCUUUUCUGUGCUGUGUUUUUAUUAUCACUUCAAUAAAAUAAGAUAUCAUCAUCUACGGAUCAUGG